ACGCUAUACCUUGGAAUGAAGGAGUUAACAUUAUUAAGCACGUGUUACCAGUUCUCGGCCGAAUUACAAACGGACCGCAGAGCCAGUCUUCCCCACCCUUGUUUGAUAUGUAAUGCCAAGGAUAGUGUAAAAGAGAGGUAUAUAAAAGCGAGGUGGUUCAACCUGAUGAUACAGUUCAACUCCUACUUAACUAUGGCACUGAAAUUCAUCGCAUUCGCGGCCUUGUUUGCUGCUGCCAGCGCCCAGUACUUUGCACCUGGAGUCGUACGGCCUUAUGCUUACGCUCGUCCUGUGGCUGUCGCACACGCUCCGGUCGCAGUCGCCCACGCUCCAGUCGCAGUCGCCAGGGCCGAGGAGUAUGACCCGCAUCCCCAGUACAGCUUCUCUUACAACGUGAACGACGCCACGACCGGAGAUUCCAAAGGUCAGACUGAAACUCGUGACGGCGAUGUCGUCCAGGGCAGCUACUCCCUCGUCGAACCCGACGGCUCCAGGAGGGUCGUUGAAUACACUGCCGACCCCGUCAACGGAUUCAACGCUGUCGUACACAAAGAAGCCGCUGUCGCUCACGCCCCAGUCGCAGUCGCUCACGCACCAGUCGCAUACGCACAAGCUCCAGUCGCUCUCGCUCAAAGGCCGUUCUUUUAUCAUUAAAUACAAUAAAUAAAUCGUAUUAUUUAUAGUACA